AUGCCUGCCAGGCUGUCCUACCUACCUGCCAAGCCGGCUGCCUGCCUGCCUGCCAGGCUACCUGCCUGCCUGCCAGGCUGCCUGCCGGCUGCCUGCCUGCCUGCCAGGCUGCCUGCCUGCCAAGCUAGGCUGCCUGCCUGCCUUUCCAGCCCAGGCUGCCUGCCUGCCUGCCAGGCUGCCUACCUUAAGGGCUGCCUGCCUGCCCGCUGGGCUGCCUGCCUGCCCGCCCAGGCUGCCUGCCUACUGCCAAGCUACCACACCUGCCCAUGCUGCCCAUGCCAGGCUGCCUGCCUGCCUGCCAGGCUGCCUGCCCACGCCUGCCAGCUGCCUGCCUGCCUCGCCAGGCUGCCUGCCUGCCAAGCUCACUGCCUGCCUGCCAAGCUGCCUACCUUAUACCUACCACCAAGCCAAGCUACCAAGCUACCUACCUCGCCAAGCUACCACCACCACCCGGGCUGCCUGCCUGCCUGCCUGCCCCUUAGGCUACCUGCCUGCUGGGCUUUCCUGCAGGCCUACCUGCCUGCCAAGCGACUCCCACCCCACCAUACUUUCCUGCCUGCCUACUCAAGCCUGCCUGCCUGCCUUGUGCCUGCCUGCCUGCCAAGCACUGCCUGCCUGCCUGGCUACUGCCUGCUCUGCCUUGAGGCCUGCCUGCCUGCCCGCCCACCAGGCUGCCUGAGCCAGGGGUUGCCUGCCUACCAAGCUACCUACCUGCCUGCCUGCCAGGCUGCCUGCCUGCCUGCUGGGCUGCCAAGCUGCCUGCCUUGGGCUGCCUGCCUGCCUGCACCGCCAAGGCUAGCUGGCCAAGCUGCCUGCCUGCCAGGCUGCCUGCCUUCCACCAAGCUGCCUGUUCACUAA